AUGGCUUCCCUUCAGCGCCUCGCCGUUCAGCGUAGCCCGGUCUACAAGGCCGCUGGAAUUAGGAGCUAUGCCUAUGCCAUGACAAAAUAUGGCUUCCAUCCUACCAAACCCGGCCCGUACUACCAAGCAAAAGUCAUGUCCCAGCAGGGCAAAUUCGGCCGUGUCGGCGGUCGCGUACGCUUCCACCACGUCCUGCGUAAGCGAAAGCACCACAAGUCCGAACAUACCGGCACAAAAAGCGGCGAUGCUUCGACACCAGCCAGUGGAGAGGCCACGGACGGCGAUGUCCCAGCCGAAGACAUCCAAAACGACUCACUGUACCUCUGCGAAGUCGGCAUUGGCACGCCAGAGCAGAAACUCUAUUUAGAUUUCGACACGAGCUCGGCUGAUCUCUGGGUCUGGUCAACUGAACUCCCGAAAUCCAUUCUCCAGUCUGCGAACCCUGCCAAUCAACAAGUUGCCUUUGACGCGUCCAAAUCCAGUACUUUCAAGAAGCUCGACAACGCGACGUGGAAGAUUUCCUACGGAGACUCGUCGUCGGCGAGCGGAGAUGUCGGCACCGAUGUGCUUGACCUGGGUGGCCUCAAGGUAGAGAACCAAGCCAUCGAGCUUGCGAAAGAGCUCUCGCAGCAGUUUGCACAGGGCAAUGGAAGCGGGCUACUGGGUUUGGCGUUUAGCUCCAUCAACACUGUCAAGCCUGAUCAGCAGAAGACGCCCGUGGACAACAUCAUUGCGCAGCAGCCAGAAAGAUCGCAGCUAUUCACUGCGUAUCUUGGUAGCUGGAGGGACAAGGACGAGCCGGACAAGGGCGAGAGUUUCUACACAUUUGGCUUCAUCGACAAUGACAUCAUGAAGGCAUCUGGCGCAAGCACACCCAACUACGCCCCUGUAGACAACAGCCAGGGCUUUUGGCAAAUCCAAUCCACAUCCGCCAGCAUCAAUGGACAGACGAUCACGCGGUCCGGUAACACGUCCAUCAUGGACACGGGCACCACGCUGUGCCUCGUCGACGACUCGCUCGUCGAAGCUGUCUACAAAGCCAUUCCCGGUGCAAAGUACGACGACACUAAUCAAGGCUACAUAUUCCCUGCGUCGACGUCAGCAUCCAGCCUACCGGAUAUCCAGCUCGCCAUUGGCGACGCCAUGGUGAGCUUCCAGAAAGAAGACCUCGGUUUUGCCGACGCAGGCAACGGAAUGGUGUACGGCAGCAUCCAGAGCAGGGGAUCCAUGAACAUGGAUAUCUACGGCGAUGCUGUACUCAAGGCCAUGUAUGCGAUCUUCGACAUGAAUAACGGGUCGCCCCGCUUCGGCUGGGUGCAAAGGAAAGAGCAGACGCAGAAUACGGCGGUACCGCCUUCGCAGCAAACGUAA